AUGUCUCACUCUGAAAAAGAUUCUGACGUUAACAGUAUUGUGACGUCUCUGAAAUCUCUGAAGUUGGCUAAUUCUUCUCACCGUAAAGAUCAUCACAACUCAUUCAGUCCUGCUGUCACUGCUGCCUAUCGUAAGCCAGUUCCUAUCUUACCUCCUUCAAAUAGCAACGAAGAUUACUUCAGGCCAAUUCCCGUUAAGGAUAAGUCCUGGGGCAGAAAGAAAUUUGAUGUAUCCAAAUUGAAACAUACUUCAAUCAAUAAGAAUGUGGAGACAACUUCUUUCGCUAAGUAUGCCACUUUGAAUCAAAAGAGUGAACAAGGCCAAACAGGUUCUGGCUUUUUAGACAACCCUGAGUUGUUCACUACGCAGAAGGCCAUUAUAGCAAAACUUUUAGCUUCCACCGGCAAGAAAUCGCGUGACAAGACUGAAACAAAGCCUGUUGAUCCCGAAGACCGCCAUGUACAUGGUCUCAAAGCCAGUUUAAUGGACCACCAAGUACAAGGACUUCAAUUUUUCUUGAACCAAGAACAUCAUAGUGAAAGACACAUCAGAGGAGGACUAUUGUGUGAUGAUAUGGGUCUUGGAAAAACAAUUCAGAUGCUUGCACUUAUUCUAUCAAAUAAGGCUACCGAUUUAGACAGUCUAGUUGACAUUACCGAAUCCUGGAAUGAGGAUAGGAAGCUGGAAUUAUUCAAAGAUAAGAGUGUCAAACAUAUGGACUUCAGUAAAACGUUACAUAAGGUGAAGUCAACGCUUAUUAUUUGUCCUGCUUCUCUCAUUACUCAAUGGCAGCAGGAGAUUGAAACUAAAACGAAUCUUAGUUGUUAUAGUUACCAUGGGCCUAAUAGAAUAAAGGAUUUGGAUAAAUUGAGUCAGUUUGAUGUAAUAAUAACCUCUUAUCAAACUUGCAUGAGUGAGUUCCAGAGGACUAAUUCCCCAUUAUAUGAAUGCUACUGGUGGAGAAUCAUCUUGGACGAGGCCCAUAUGGUUAAAAACACCUCUACCAAGACCGCUAUUGCAUGCUUCAAUUUGAAGUCCCUUAGAAGAUGGUGUUUAACUGGUACUCCGAUCCAGAACGAUGUGGUAGAACUAUGGUCUUUGUUUCAUUUUCUACGUAUUAAUAAGCUAUGGGAGUCUGACACAUGGCGUAAGGAAAUAGGGAAUAGAAUUUCUGGUACGGACGUCAAAGAAGGACUAAAGAGAUUACUUGAUGUUCUUGAUGAAUGUAUGCUCCGGCGUAACAAGAAAGAUCUUGAAAAGACUCAGUUCAAGCUUCCUCCCAAACAUUAUCACCAGCUCACAAUGGACCUGACAUCGUUUGAGAAAGCCGUUUACAAAAAGCUUGAGGAUAAGGUGAUCAAUACUAUAUUGAACGGAACUCUGAUUACAAACAGCGAAUUGAAUCUGGGUCGAUUGGAUCUUAAGGCACCGCUAAUGAAGGGAAACAGUGACUCCGACUCAUAUAUGGUCGCUUUGGUAUUCUUGUUGAGACUUCGGCAGACCUGUUGUCACUGGAAAGUUCUUUUCUCGUUCAAGAAGGAGGAUGACAAGGUAAAAAAGGAAUAUUUGGCUAACAGUAAUCCAACAUCAUGUCAUGCAAUGAAGGAGACUGAUGAGUCGAUAGAUUCCAUUACCAAUCAGAUCUCUAGCUUAAGUAUUCAUAGUAAGGAGGUGGAAUUUGAAGGCAAGAAGUUCGAUGUUGACAAAUCUUCAGUCAAGAUGAAUCGUGUAUUAAAGAUCCUUGCCAAAGACCCGAAGAGAAAGACUAUAAUUUUCUCUGAGUUUACCACAAUGUUGCACCUACUUGAAGACGCUUUGUGCAGUCAGAAUUACAAAUGUCUUCAUUAUGAUGGUUCGCUCGAUAAUAAGGAAAAACAGAAAGUAUUGAACCGUAUGAGAGACGAUCCAGAUAUCUCCGUGUUACUUUGCUCAUUAAAAUGUGGUUCACUAGGUUUGAAUCUUACCUUUUGCACCCAAGUGAUUCUUUAUGAACCUUUCUGGAAUCCUGCUGUAGGUGCUCAGGCCAUUGAUAGGGUGUAUAGAUUUGGUCAAAAGCAUCCGGUAGACGUUUGGGAAUUCUUUGUAUCUGAUUCUGUCGAGAUAAGAAUCAAAGAACUACAGGAUAAAAAGAGAAAUGUUGCUAAAGCCGUUACCGAUAAGGACCCAGAGGCUAUUUUGUCGUUGAUGGGUAAUAGACUAUCUAAAGACGAAUUGAUGUCAUUGAUUGGCAUCGACUAA